CCCCAUUCGCGUCACUGCCGCAUCAACCCCGUCCGCAAAUUCGGCCCGAGUCCACGUUUGCAGGCAUUAUGGACGAAUCACGAAAAAGAGCUGCCUCUAACGCGAAUGCUAAAAAUGCAAGUUCAUCCCUUGAUGAAGACUUUGGCAAUGAUUUUCUUUCGUCCUGGAAGGUACCAAAAUCAGGAAAAGACACAAUUGACUUUGAUGUCGAGUCAGCUCCGAAAAGUAGCAAGAAGUUUAGCUUCGACAAUUUCGAUGAUUUUGGAAUUGAUGGAGCAUUUGACAAAAUAUCAUCAUUUAAAAUGGGCAUGUCUGAUCUUGAUUUCUCUAGUCCCCUCAAGAAAAAAUCAAAACACAGCAGUUCAAAUGGCAAUGAUCUUUCUGAAGGGAAGAAAGAUACUGAAAAGGACUUCUUUUCCUUUGAUUUCAAUGAUCUGGGCAAGUUCAAUCUUGACACGAAGUUGGGCUCUGAGGAGAAUGUUACAAGUAGAACUACAGAAAAAACCAACCCCAUCUCUUCAGAGGGUAAUAAAGAUCCACAAAGAGGUAUUUCAGACAAGGGCACUGAUGUUCCCGAAGAUAGUAAGAGUAAGGAACAAACACAAACACAUGAUGCUUGUACUUUGAAGCCUACUCAUUUCACAAGCAUCAAUCCUGAAAGAGUGGAACAGCUUAAAGUAGACAUGGUGUCAAAUGAUAUGCUUGGAGACCACUCUAAUGAGGCACACCCAACAAAACCAGUUGUUAACAGUUCUUCUCAUAGUUUCCCUUGCAGUGCUGUAUCUGCUGAAGAUCCAACACAUUUAAAAGCCAUAUCAGCUCCUGAGAAAAGUAAGGAAGAUCCUGCGGUGGACCUGAGUAAACAUAAUAUAUCGAGGGAGAAUAGUAACAGUGAGCAAGAAGUUAGUUCACAAUCCAGAAACACCAGCACUGAGAAUCGCUACAUCUCUAGAAGACCAAUGGGUCAAUCGGAUUCUCAAAACAACCAGAAUGAGGCUGUGGAGGAAAGUAGAUCUCUCAAUGAAGGAAGUCAUGGUAGCCAAUCUUUCGGGGGCACUUUAAUGAAGCCUGUAAGGAAGACAUCAUCCGGGACAAAUAAUGUUGAGAAAGGGACUUCAGGUCCAAAGAAUCUCUCUUCGACAACGCAGAGGGAAAUCAGAAAUGUCAAACCUGCAUUGGUGAAUGAAGCAGGAACCUUUUCUCUUCUGUCAAAAUCUGCAAAUACGAAAGCAAGCAGGCCUCCCCAAUUAACUUCAGAAACCACCUUAAAUCAACUAAGUGGUGCCAAUAACGUGAUAAAAAAGACAAAUACACAUACUACGGACUUGAAAAGGGAACAGAAGCAUGCACAACCUGAAAAACUUAAAAUCACAUCGGCAAAACCAUACUGCAAGCCUGGAUUACAAGGGUUGUCGACCACCUCCUUGAAUGCUAAAAACGGAGUUGAGCCACAUAGCGCUGGCAACUCGUCCUCAUUGAAUGCUCCAAGCAGUACAGCACAUAGAACGGAGCAUAACAAUGUAACAAGUCAGGUACUCCUAAAAAGUAGCAAACCCUCUGAUAUAAUACCAGACACCCUUUCCAAAGACAGUAAAAGACCAACUUCUCAACUCGCUGGAUCAAGAGUUUUAAAAGUAGGUACUAUAUCUAGAAAUCCAAUGUCUGGCUUGCUUGUGGAGAAAGAUUCGGUACAAGUCAGUGGGAGUAGGGGCUCCCCUGUACUAACAUCCAAGAUCCCAAACUCCUUCGUUGAAGGAAAACCUGCAUCUCGUAGCCCGUCCAUGAGGCAAAACAUGCAUGAGGAAUCAAUUCCAGAUGCAAAAGCCCCUGCUGUGCUUAAGCGCAUCAUGAGAUCUCCAGCUGUGAGAAAAUCACCACAAACUGUUCCAGAGCCGAGGAAUAAAAUAAUUCUAAGUGGAACUCCGAAAACUCGUAUGGAUAAUGUGGUUUCUUCAACAACACCAUGUGAGAUGGGGGACAUUUCAGACCUAGAGGUGCCUGCUCUGUUAGAAGAUGAUGGAAAUGUAGACAAAGCUGAGGCUUGUAGAAAGGAGCUUGAAGAUAUGUGCAUUUUGCUGAAAAGGAAACACACAGAAGCUAAAGAACUAUCAGUUCGGGCUAUUGUUAACAACAAUAUGCUGCUGAUGCUAAACCACCCAAUGUUUGAGGAGAAAAUGUCCGCUCUUCAGAAAUUCGCCAAUAGCCUGAGAUCCAAGAAGCACUUAUUUGAGGAAAUUAGCGCCAUCGAUACGUGCUUUGUGUUCUGGCAGCAUUGAUGCGGGAAUACUGUGGGGAAGAAGAUGCAUCAUCCAGGAGGAACAUGGGUAAUGUAAAUGAAACGGAAGGAAGUCCAGCAUAUAAAUGCUGAGGUGAAGUUCAAACACUACACUGAAUACCAACCUUAGUCUCACAAUUUGCUCCUGUAGAGAUAUUUGCUUGCAGUUGUGAAGUGUCCAUAUAUACCUUGCUAUUCACCUGAUAGUUGUGGGAACUGGGAAGUAUGCUGGCAUUAGUAGUUGGAUUGAUCCCACUAGGACAAUGGCCUUAGGCUCAAACGGAUGACAGCCCAAGAGGGAGUAUAUAGGAAGUUCGGUCCAGUUGUUAAGUGUUGUUAACUCCUGGUGCCAUCUGCGGUUAAAUCAUGUAUCACAUGCAACUG